GUUUCGCUACUCUCGAACACGGCUGAUGCCUAUGGUUACGCCUGUGUAGCUAGCUACAUGCUAAUUCUCAAAGCGCGCUCAGUUGACCUAUUUUGCAGGUGUUUUACAUGGUGCGGUACCGCUAGCUUUCAUCUCAUUUUUUGAAGACGCUACUCAAUAUGAUGGGUGAACCGGUGGCUGAUAUGUGUGAUCGGCUUGUUAAAGCUGUGAACGUGAUGAUGGACGCGGAAUCUAGCCAAAUAUAUCGCUUGGAGGCCCUAAAGUUUUGUGAAGAAUUCAAAGAGAAGUGUUCCUUCUGUGUCCCAUGUGGGCUACAGUUGGCAGAUACAACUCAAACAGCAGUGGUGAGGCACUUUGGUCUACAGAUACUGGAGCACGUCAUCAAGUUCAGAUGGAACAACAUGCCACAGCAAGAGAAAGUCCAGCUGAAGAACUGUGCUAUGGGGCUAUUGUCAACUGGCACGUAUUCUAUCCUGGAGGAGGAGAGCCACAUCAAGGACGUUCUCUCGCGGAUCAUAGUGGAGAUGAUCAAGAGAGAAUGGCCUCAGCACUGGCCUGACAUGCUGAAGGAGAUGGAGGCACUCACCAGUGUAGGGGAGGCCCAGACAGAGCUGGUGAUGUUGAUCCUGCUGCGGCUGGCGGAGGACGUGAUCACCUUCCGGACCUUGCCCACCCAGCGCCGCCGGGACAUCCAGCAGACCCUCACCCAGAACAUGGAGAGUAUCUUUAGCUUCCUGCUCGCCAUCCUGCAGCUCCACGUCGACGAGUACCGCAAACUGAAAAGAAUACCUGGCCAAGAAUUGCAGGCCAAGGCCCACUGUCGGGUAGGCGUGGCCACUCUAAACACCCUGGCAGGCUACAUAGACUGGGUUGCCCUGGCAAACAUCACCAAUGACAACUGUCGCCUGCUGGAAAUGCUGUGUCUGUUGCUCAGUGAGACAGAGCUGCAGCUGGAGGCUGCAGAGUGCCUGCUCAUCGCCAUUAGCCGCAAGGGGAAGCUAGAGGACAGGAAACCACUCAUGGUGCUGUUUGAUGACGUUGCCAUGCACUACAUCCUCUCUGCUGCACAGUCUGCAGAUGGAGCAGCAAUAUGCAACAAAUCCUCUCCAACACAGCCAGUGGGGGCGGGGGUGGUGGAGAGACACUACACCUUCCUGAAGAGGCUAUGUCAGGUCCUGUGUGCCCUGGGCAGCCAACUCUGCUCAUUAGUGGGUUCAGAUGUGGAGGUAGAGGUACCAGUAAACCUUAGCAAGUACACAGAAGCGUUCCUGGCCUUCACCACACACCCAAGCCAGUUCCUUAGGUCUUCCACCCAGAUCACAUGGGGAACUUUGUUCAGACAUGAGAUUCUCUCCAAGGAUCCUGUCAUCAUCCAGAUGACCAUCAAGUACUUUAGAGCCACCAUGACCAACCUAGUCAAGACUGGUUUCCCUUCCAGCAACGACAGUCCCAGCUGUGAGUACUCCCGUCAUGACUUCGACAGUGAUGAAGACUUCAACUCCUUCUUCAACUCGUUCCGAGCGCAGCAGGGGGAGGUGGUCCGGAAUGCGUGUCGUAUUGUUCCCUUGGAGGCCUUCCAGAUUGCAGCAGAGUGGCUGCAGUAUCAGACCAGUGCGCCCAUUGAUAUCGGAACCACUGUGUCUAAGACGGCUGAGGGGCUGUGUUCUAUCCUGUCUCCGUCAGUGGUCCAGUGGGAUGCUAUGACCUUCUUUACAGAGAGUGUUGUGGGAAAGAUCUUUAAGAACGUGGAGGAUGAGAAGUUGCCGGUAGACCAGGGCAUUGAGCUGCUACAGGCUGUGUUGAACUACAACACCCAAGACCCUCUCAUCCUGUCCUGUGUCCUCACCAACGUCUCCGUCCUCUUCCCCUUCGUCACACACCGACCUCACUUCCUGCCUCAGGUCCUCUACAAGCUAUUUGCCUCCAUCACAUUCGAGGUGGUAGAGGAGAGUAAGGCACCACGGACGCGUGCGGUGAAGAACAUCAGAAGACACGCCUGCUCCUCCAUCAUCAAGAUGUCUCGAGACUACCCACAAUUCAUUCUUCCGUGUUUUGACAUGAUGUAUAACCACGUGAAGAAGCUGUUCUCCAGCGAGGCUCUGUUGAACAUGCUGGAGAAGUGUGCUCUUAUGGAGGCCCUGGUCCUCAUCAGUAACCAGUUCAAAGACUACAACAAGCAGAAACACUUCCUGGAGGAGCUCAUGGCCACUGUGGUCGCUCGCUGGACCUCAGACGAGAUGAGGCGUGUGCUGUGGGAUCCUGCUCUGUUCCUGGACUUCGUUGGUGCUGAUCAGCUGGUGGCUGAAGGCACAGAACACACAACGGGCAUCAACAGGUCACGGUUGAGUUUCUGUGUGUACACCAUCCUGGGGGUGGUGAAGAGGGCCCGCUGGCCGGCUGACCUGGAGGAGGCGAAGGCAGGGGGGUUCGUAGUGGGCUACUCCCCUAAUGGAGCCCCUAUCUACAGAAACCCCUGCAGCGCCCAGGUCCUGGCACUGCUGCCCAACCUGCUCGCCCUCAUCAGAACCCACAACAGUCUCUUCCUGCCGGAGAACAUGUGUCGUCUAAGUGAGACGUUCUCCAAGGCCUACGACAUGAUAGAGGUGGAGAAGAACAUGGUUCUAGGCCUGCCUCAGCCAGCCCUGGACAUCUAUGACCCUCCAGUGUAUAAGACUCAUCUAGAGCGCAUGCAGGGAUUCUUCUGUACCCUCUACGACAACUGUUACCAUAUCCUGGGGAAGGCAGGCCUAUCAUUGCAGCAGGACUUCUACACCAUCGAGGGAUUGGCUGAACAGAUCGUUGGUUCUGUCUUUGUCUCCCUCGACAACAUGCCUGACCACAGACUCCGCACCAUGCUCCGGGUGUUCCUGAAGCAGCUGGUGGUGUCAUGUCCUCAGGAGUGCUACAACAGUCUGCUCUGCCCCCUGCUGGGGCCUCUGUUCGCCUACAUGCUACAGAGACUCAAUCUCAGGUGGCAGAUCAUCAACCAGAGGAGUACUGUCAGUGGGGAGGAGGAGGAGGACGAGUCGUGUGAGGAGAAUCAGGAGAUGCUGGAGGAGCAGCUAGUUCGGCUGCUCACCAGAGAGGUUCUGGACCUGCUCACUCACGCCUGCAUAAUGAAAAAGGUGCCUGCGCCAGCAGGAAACAAGGAAGAUGUGGAUGAGGAGGAGAUGAUGUCCACUGAGUCCCAGGCAGUCACUGUCUCCCCUGCCCAGCCAACAGGUGAACUGACGGAGCUGGGGAAGUGUUUUCUCAAACACGAGGACAUCUAUAUGACCUUGUUGACCAUCUCAUUCACCUCUCUGUCCUGGAAGGACACCAGUAACUGUCACCGCAGCGCCUCCAUCGUGUGCUGGACCCUGCUACGACAGGUUGUAGGUGGGAACCUUUUGCCAGAGGCGGUCACAUGGUUCUAUACCAGUGUUCUGAAGGGACUGCAGAUGCAUGGGCAGCAUGAGAUCUGCAACUCAGCCCUCACACAACUGGCCCUGCUUAUGUACGAGAACCUGCGGCCGCGGUACAUGGAGCUAAGAGACGUGAUGACUCAGAUCCCCGACAUCAAUCUGGAGGCUCUAGACCAGUACGACCAGCGGUUGCUGGAGCCCAGCUCCGCUCAGAGGUUGGGAGAGAAGAAGAGGAAAGACCAGUUCAAGAAGCUCAUUGCUGGCGCUGUGGGGAAAGCUCUGGCCCAGCAGUUCAAAAAGGAGGUACAUAUACGAAAUCUUCCGUCUCUCUUUAAGAAGCCGAAGCCUGAGAAAAGGGACAUUCUGGAGACCAGUGAGAGUGGAGCACUAGCAGCACUCUUCUCCCCAGUGCUGGAUGACAUCUAGGAGCACUAGCAGCACUCUUCUCCCCAGUGCUGGACGACAUCUAGGAGCACUAGCAGCACUCUUCUCCCCAGUGCUGGAUGACAUCUAGGAGCACAGAGCAGCACUCUUCUCCCCAGUGCUGGAUGACAUCUAGGAGCACUAGCAGCACUCUUCUCCCCAGUGCUGGACGACAUCUGAGCACUAGCAGCACUCUUCUCCCCAGUGCUGGACGACAUCUAGGAGCACAGAGCAGCACUCUUCUCCCCAGUGCUGGAUGACAUCUAGGAGCACAGAGCAGCACUCUUCUCCCCAGUGCUGGACGACAUCUAGGAGCACAGAGCAGCACUCUUCUCCCCAGUGCUGGACGACAUCUAGGAGCACAGAGCAGCACUCUUCUCCCCAGUGCUGGACGACAUCUAGGAGCACAGAGCAGCAC